UCGUGUGUGUGUGAAUGUCUGUCCCGUGAGCGUGUAUCCAUCUUCAUUCAAAGGUCACCACCCUGCGAAUACCAGCACAACAUGGCUUCUCCGGCCCACAAGCCCCGACGGAGAAGAAAGAUUGAAGAAGGCUCUCUUGCCCACAUCACCCACGGCACCGUCGACAUCCAGCACUCGGACGUACGCAAGCCUGCCUUCCCUCUCGUUGCCUUCCUCUGGCCUGCCAAAGGCACCGUAUCCCAAUGGGUCACCAUACCUCUUGUCCUCAUGGUCGUGGGCCUGUUCCGCUGGACUACGGGAUUAUGGGGCUACUCGGGCUUCCAGUCUCCGCCCAUGCACGGCGACUUUGAGGCCCAGCGUCACUGGAUGGAGAUCACAAAGCACCUUCCUGUGUCUCAAUGGUACUUUUACGAUCUGGAUUGGUGGGGGUUAGAUUACCCACCUCUCACUGCCUAUCACAGCUGGCUGCUGGGUACCAUUGGCUCCGCCAUCAACCCUCAAUGGUUUGCUCUCUACCAAUCCCGAGCUAUCGACGACCCUUCUCUGAAGAUUUACAUGCGGGCAACCGUUUUCUUUUCCGAAUACCUGAUUUACGUGCCUGCCAUCAUUGUGUGUCUCCGCCGAUAUUCGCGAGCUGAAAAGGUCAAUGUGUGGGAAGCAUCCAUCGCCCUGGUCGCUGUCCUGAUGCAGCCGGCCAACAUGCUCAUUGAUCACGGGCAUUUCCAGUACAAUACAGUUAUGCUUGGCUUCGCUGUGGCAUCCAUAUCUAGUAUGCUGGCAGGGCGUCCUCUGUGGAGCUGCGUCUUCUUCGUUGGCGCUCUGGGCUUCAAGCAAAUGGCCCUCUUCUAUGCUCCCGCCGUUUUUGCUUAUCUCCUCGGUAUCUGCAUCUUCCCCAAAAUCAAUGUCGUCCGUUUUCUCGCCAUUGCCCUGGUCACACUAGCUUCGUUCGUUGUACUCUACCUCCCAUUCAUUGCGGGAGUUGUAUACGACACAUACGACGGCGUAUCACAAAAGAGCUUUCCCACUCCUCCACUACUCACGUAUUUGCGAGUCAGUCUGGACGAGAACGCAUGGUACUACCCAGUAGUUCUCCAGGUAGCGCAGUCAGUACACAGGAUUUUUCCCUUUUCCCGGGGUUUGUUUGAGGAUAAGGUCGCCAAUAUAUGGUGCUCGAUUCAUACAUUCCACAAACUACACCAGUAUCCAAGUACACUUCUUCAACGAGCCGCUCUUGGCGCCACAUCUCUCGCAAUUGCGCCGCCAUGUCUUAUCAUCUUUUUGAAACCCCGAAAGGAACUGGUACCACUUGCGUUAGCAACGACCUCCUGGGCGUUCUUCCUCUGCUCGUACCAGGUUCAUGAGAAGAACGUUCUGCUUCCUUUGCUUCCCAUGACUCUGCUACUCAGUGGAAAGGGAGGGUUGCUCCCAUCUAUCCGCGCUUGGGUUGGGCUGGCGAACAUGAUUGGUGUAUGGACCAUGUUCCCAUUGCUCAAAAGAGACGAGCUUCGCGUCCCUUACUUUACUCUGUCGCUGCUGUGGGCAUACCUUCUCGGUCUUCCUCCAGUCUCAUUUUCGGCAUAUCAAGAAGGAACUUCAGGCGGGCUCAAUCUGGUCACGAAGAUUCUCCAUUUGAACAUCUACUUGGCCAUGGUCGGAUGGCACGUCGUGGAGGCGUUCAUAGCCACACCAGAAGGCAAGCCGGAUUUGUGGGUAGUGGCAAAUGCAGUGAUUGGGUGUGGUGGUUUCGGACUGUGCUACCUAUGGUGUCUGUGGACGCUGUUAUGGAAGAGCGAGUUAUUUGGAAAGUCUCCGGUGGCGAGGAAGAACAAGACACAAUAG